AUGCCUCAUCACCUGAGUACAUAUAGUCCUUCAUCGACCACAGUCCAGUUCACCGUCUCCGAUGCCUCCCCGAGGUCGACAAUUGCCUCAAAACUUGUCUUUUACGUUGGAAUCAUCGUCAGAGCACUAAUAUUUGCGUUCGUUGUGCUGAUCGAUGUUGCUACCAGCCGCCAUCACAUACCAGACAGCUGGACAGCAGUUCCUUGGGAAACGAUAUGGUCGAGUAAUAUAGGCGUAAUUGCAUGCAACAUUGCAGAUACCUAUAUAUGGCAGGUCAUCGCCGCAUGCAGUGCGGUAUUGUUGUACCUUGUCGUUAGAAAGGGCUACACCGAGGAGUCGCUUCUUGUUAUUCGUGGAUUGGGGGUGCAGACAUCUACCUCUUCUGCUACCUACUUCCCCAGUGCGACAACUAGAUUUAUACCCACAACUCAAAUCCAGGAUAUCGUCAUUCACGAAGCAUUUAGAGGGUUUGAAGUGAGAUAUUACCUGGCUAUCAUUGUGGAUGGAGAGUCUGAUGUUCUCGUUGUCUUCCCCAACCUGUUACCAAGGCGCAUGAUUGUUGAGGAAGUCUGGAAAGGUGCUCGAAAAUGCCUCUAUGAAUCUGCUUCGUGA